GCUUGGAGUUGGGGGGAGGAGGAGUUCUGUCCCACGUUGACUCUUUUAUGGAGGCGAGGUAAGAGGGAACCGAAUUCUGCUGUGCUGUUGUGUCCGGUGCUGGGAGUUCCGGCGAAGGCAUGUGCAUGUUUUCGGUAAAGGUAAAGGCGCAGCGUGAAUUGAGUUGACUUGAUCCUUGCUUACAUGCUAGAAAGUUUCGGCUUCUUUAUGCAACCUGGACGUUGCUCUGCUCUCCCCUUGUGGCAGCUCGCGCUUUGCUCGGACCAGAGAAUGGACCUGAAAGAAACUCUUCGGUACACCAUGGUGGGAGUGAUGCUGAUGCUGUGCAUCAGGGGGUCCCUCGGCGUUCCCACUUUCAGGAAGGAGAGGGGUGUUCAUCCCGACCCUGAGCUCAGCAACCAGCAGCACGAAGAUAACCAGAGCUUCCAGUACGACCACGAGGCCUUCCUGGGCAAAGAAGAAGCCAAAACAUUCGAUCAGCUCACCCCAGAAGAAAGCAAAGAAAAACUGGGGCUAAUUGUUGAUCGCAUCGAUGAUGACAAAGAUGGCCUUGUCACAACAGAGGAACUGAAAAACUGGAUUAAACGCGUGCAGAAACGCUACAUCUUUGAAAAUGUAGCUAAGGUCUGGAGGGAUUAUGACCUCAACAAAGACAAUAAAAUUUCCUGGGAAGAAUACAAACAGGCUACAUAUGGUUAUUACCUAGAAAAUGCAUCAGAAUUUCAAGAUGCAACGGAACGCAACAGUUUUAAAAAAAUGCUGCCCAGGGAUGAAAGAAGAUUCAAAAGAGCUGACUUGGAUGGUGAUUCAGAAGCCACUCGUGAAGAGUUCACAGCUUUCCUGCACCCAGAGGAGUUUGAGCAUAUGAAAGACAUUGUUGUUUUAGAAACACUAGAGGACAUAGAUAAAAAUGAAGAUGGAUUUGUGGAUCAGGAUGAAUACAUUGCCGAUAUGUUUGCACAUGAAGAUGGUGGUCCAGAACCUGAUUGGGUGAUAACUGAACGUGAGCAGUUCUCAGAUUUCCGAGACCUAAAUAAAGAUGGAAAGAUGGAUAAAGAAGAGAUUCGUCACUGGAUUCUCCCACAAGACUAUGAUCAUGCACAAGCUGAAGCCAGGCACUUAGUCUAUGAAUCAGAUGUAGACAAGGAUCAAAUGUUAACCAAGGAAGAGAUUCUAGACAAUUGGAACAUGUUUGUUGGAAGCCAAGCUACAAAUUAUGGAGAAGACCUCACAAAAAACCACGAUGAGCUAUGAUGUUCUUUGGAAAGCAAAUGCAUCAGAGACUUGGAUCUGUUAUUCUGUACAACAUGGCCAAAGUAAUAGUGGUUAUUUUGGCAGACUGGUUUUGCACCAAUAUAUUUUUUAACAAAGUAAUUCUGCUAGCACCAUAGUUACCAGUUGUUUUAAUUGCACAUUUUUAUAGAUUUCAUUGUAAUUUGGGUAAUGCAUUUUCCAAAUUAUAGCUUUUGGUACACUUUAACCUCAGUAUUAAAUAUGUUCACUUUGAAUUUUCACUGAAGUAGGAAAGCAUAGUAAGUAAAGGACACAAACCUCAAAUGGUGUCUUUGUUGUUGAGCUGUACCACUCACACUGCAGGUAGGGAGUUCAGUGUUUGAAUGCUCUUUUAUGUCAAUAAACUUCCUGAUACAGUCAAAGCUAGUGUCUAGAAUUUUCUCCUUGACAUGCUGGUUUUUGUGCACAGGAAAUUUUUCACGUGGGAAAGCGUUCAAGCAUUUGAUCCCCCUAUGGAGUCUGAAGUGGUACAGCCCAGCAACAGAAACUUCGCAAGGGACAAUUGGCCGUAGCAACCCUUUAUUCCAAGUAGAUGUGCUUAAGAUUGCAGUAUUUCCAGGGAACCAGAAACACAGCAGGAGGCACCCAGUGCUGCACUUGUCACCUGAUAGAUGAUCAGCACCAAUUACUCUGACAGUAGUUGGGAAGGGGACAUCUCCUAACACUGUGCCCUCCAAAAAGAUGAUCAGUGCACAGAUAACUCUUGUUGGAUUGGGGUUUAGAUUUCUUUCUUUCUUUCUUUCUUUCUUUCUUUCUUUCUUUCUUUCUUUCUUUCUUUCUUUCUUUCUUUCUUUCUUUCUGUGGCCAUGUUCUCACAAUCAUGGGGAGUGUGGUAAAGAGUUGACCGCAAUCACCGAGCCCUGUAACUGAUUCUAAUUAAAUGCUGUUUGACCUCAGUGGUUUGACCAGAUUUGCCUGGAAAUUCCGGGUUCUCACAUCACGCUCUACAGGAAUUUUCAGGACUUGGCAAUUGCGCUUAACUUGUUAACCACAUGCCUUGUACUUGUGAGAACACAGCCAAUAUAGCAAAGAUAAAUCCAGCAAUUUUUUAAAAAAAUCAUAUUUCACCCAAAUUGUGUUAAUAACUGAUAUACUGCACAAAGUUCCAUGUAUAUUGUAAUAUAAUCUGCAUGUAGCUGCACAAGUGUUCUCUUGUACAAAUGCAAAAAUUGCUUAAACACCAUUGCUUGAUAGUACAGCCUGUUGCUUUAACAUAUCUGUGAUAGUACAGCCAUUAUUUCCAAUGGCCAUACUAUUACGCAACUCCAUUUGUGCAAUUUUCUCAUUUGCACAAAGGUAUGCUUAUGCAACUAUGUGCGUGUUACAUUACAAUGCACAUGCAACUAUGCUCAGCUGCCAUCUAAGGCAUAAUAGCAUGUGUUCCACAUUGCUACAAACAGAAAAAGUGUUUUAUCUUUCAGAAUCUAUGGGCUGUUUCUUCCAUUCUCCCUCCAUCCCAAAUGGAGUUAGUGGUGUUGAAUGAUAUGAUCUGCCCUUGGGAAGAAGAGAGGAAUCUGUAGCAAACUUCUGAACACUCACUGUUAUGUACAGGUUGAGUCAGGGGCGGAGCCACCAUUUUCAAAAAUCCCGGGCUGCUGCGCUCAGGAGCUACGCCUCACACCCCAGCCACACCCCUUGUGCCUGGUGUCAGAUGCAGGGUGUGUGGUUUUGCUUGCAAACGGGGCUGCACACCCUGCUUGUAAGCAAAAUCUGGCCAGCGCCGCCUUUGCAGGAAUAGCCGCUUUAAGCCAGGGAGAGCCGCUUCCGGCUGCACUGCGAAUGUGGCGCUGGCUGGAUUUUGCUCACAAAUGGAGCUCACAGUCCUGUUUCUGAGCAAAACCAUGCCCCCUGAAUCUGAUGUCAGACGCCGAUGUCUGAUGUCAGACACAGAGGGUUUGGCUAGGGGAGCCGCUGGUGGCGGACUGAACUGGGGCUGCCUCUGGCCUCCCUAUGCCACUGCGUUGAGUAAAGUGCAGACAGCUGUCUUUCUCCAUUAAGGGCCAGUUUACACUGCAGGCCAAACACAAACUCCACAUGUACAGAGGUAAGUAGGUGAUACAUGCUUCCAUCUGAUGCCUGCACUCCUUCCCUUUCAGGAAAGGGUUGGAAAGAUUGCUAGAACUGAACAAAUUCUAUAUAUGGAUGCCCAGUGUAUACACUACAAUCAUAAAAAGGGUAGAGAUGCUCUUUCACUCCACUGGACAUACAGGAUUGCUGCUCAGCUUACCCUGUGAUUUGGCCCACUGGUGAGCCUCAUGCUGAAGAUAUUAGCAAGUUUCCUCUCACUGAACAGUCACAAUUCAGAAGUCCACUCAAGCAGAGGCUUCCAUUGUGAGCUAUAGCAGAUUCUCUGAAUUCACAGCAAUUCCUUCCAUCCCUGACAAUGGUAAAGUCUCACUUGUGGAUUGCCACUAAUGCCCCUAAUUAAGAGGACACAGCGUGCUCUAAUAUGCACACACACCCUGUGUGAGUGGAAUUUCUCAUUCACUUCGAUGUUGGUAGCUUCCUUGCACAUGUGGAGCUUAACUCUCCAUUCCAGGGAAUGGAGAAGCCUUGUGAGUAGAGGGAGUCUUUGAAUAUCUUGGAGUUCCUGCCUUGCUAAAAGACAUAGCCCUACAUAAGAACCAAGACACAUCAUAUGAGCAUGUUUUUGUUUGAAGAGCCAUCCGGUGCUCAGCUGCUAUUUUCCACACUUUCCCUAUGUUUGGUAAAGUGACGUACUUCAUUUUCAUAAUGUGGUGUUUUGCUGAAGUCUUUAUACUGCGUGCAUAGUGUAAAGGAAAACACAUCUCAUUUCCAAUCUAGGCCUGUUACUGGGAUUAAAGAGCCUUUGCACUCUCUUGUAUCUCAGGAGAGUCUGUAUGUGGCACAGCAUGCUGCUCAUUGUUAAGUGUAUACCUAUAAAGAUAUGCAUUGCCACUUUAAGGAGAUUUUCUGCUAUCAGCUAAUAUAAGCUUUUGUAAUUUGCUGCAUUUCAUAAUGACUAUAAGCAGUGACAUAGACAUCUCUGCAUGUUUGCCUGUACUGACUUGAAAGUGUAAACAAUAAACAAGUACAUUUCGGGGA